AUGAAGACUGUCGAAGAAAUCUGGAUAAAUCUCACCAGCUCACUCAGCGGUCAAGGACCCCAGGGACGCAACACGGAACAGCUCAAUAAAGAUGAGCGGCGCGCUGCACAGAACGUCGUCAAUAUGUUCGGAGAAAAAGGGAAGCACACCAAAACCCGAGUGCACCAAGUGCCAUCUAGUUCCGCAUGCCAUGUGUUCUGGGGGUUCGUGUGCGAGGUUGCAGGCGGAAUGGACCUGUCUGGAUUUGACGAGCAGAAAAAGAAGUUUGUUCGCACCGAAAUGGCGAGAUGGCUAUGCAAAUUCAAGUUGAAUCUGUUUGCCUUUGCGAAUCCGCACAAUUCUUUUUACGACCUCCUGUGGGAUGGUGAGUGCAGUCAGUGCGUCAUGAUCAUACCAUUGCUCAGUCUGGAGGAGAUUGGAGAAUGGAAGCAGGGUGAUGGCUACCAAGCCUUGAUUUGCUGCAGCACACCAGAUUCCCAAGCGAACUUGGGCAAGUGGAGAAAGCGGUUUAAACUUGAUCACAUAUUCUGA